UCUGACAUUCGCCUCCAUUGCGAGCACUUGUUAUCGCCGGACGCUCUUGAGCGCUGUGUGCUCGUACGUUUACGUCGAUUUUCUGCAUUUGUGAAAUUCUUCCCCGUCAGCAGGUCGUCAGCGUUUGUGUUGUUACGAAUCGCUCUAGAGCUUGGGCUCGCUGGAUUAGGGAAUUGGUCCCGAUUGUCGCGCAUCAACUUCUAUUUCGGUAGUGCCUAGUCGGUCUGGGUGGAUUCGUCUUUGGUCCGGGAACCCUUCAAAGUCGCUACUUUGGCUGCAAUCCAGGAAUCUCACAAGUGGGGAGACAGUCUAAGAUCCAAGCGUCUGAUGUUUACUAUCGACAGCUACGAUUACGAUUGCACGAAGCGAUGUAGGUGCCGCGAGCAUGGACAUCGGAUCACGGCAGCGCUCACCAAGCGGGGAGUCUCCGAUGAAAAGGUUGCGGCCUACAUAGCCAAGGUCUGCAGGAACUUCCCGGAGGUGUUGGACACUGAGGGAAGAUCAGCUCUUCAUUUGGCUUCGUCCGUCGGCCGAUAUGCAAUUGUGGAAUGGCUACUGAAUCAGGGUGCUGCUAUAAAUAGCAAAGAUGAGGAAUCGGGCAAUAGUGCACUCCAUCGUGCCUUAUUUUAUGGAUGCAUUGACUGUGCUGUGCUACUUCUUCGAUAUGGAGCUAGCUUAGAACUGACUGACAAUGAUUUUAGGAACCCUCUUCAAUAUAUCUGCAAGCCGGCGGAGCUGGAAUAUUUCUAUGAAGUCCCUCAGAGAAAUGAAAUUCUUGUCUGGGGUACAAAUAAAAACUACAAUCUGGGACUAGGCAAUGAUCAAGGUUCAUCGAAUCCCCAGUCGAUCGAUACGUUUCGAAAACAAGAGAUUUCCAUCAAAUAUCUGGCGAUGAGUGUUUACCAUAGUUUAUUCAUUGAUACGGCCGGCAACGUGUAUUCAGUUGGCCAUGGUAAAGGAGGUCGGUUAGGUAGUGGAUCUGAAAACAGUUUACCAGUUCCCAAACGUUUAAAACUUCCAACAAGAGAUCCAGAGGAGGUUGCGAUAUCGGUCAGCGCGUCGAGAAACCACUCUUUGAUUUUAACAAAUAAGGGGUCGGUGUACACUUGUGGAGUUAAUUCUGAUCAACAACUAGGACUUCAGCCUGCACCGGAAAAAUCAGCAGUCCUGAAGGAGAUCACUGCUUUCAAAACUUUUGGAAUUGAAGGAUUAAUUGGUGUGAUUGCAAAAGACUAUCACUCAGUAGCUUUCAAUAACAAGGAGGUGUACGUUUGGGGCGCGAACAAUGGCCAAUUUGGCAUUAAACAAGAAACUAGUCAUGUGAUGUUACCAAGACAGCUGCAAAUACCGGACAAUAAAAAAAUUAAAAUGGUGGAGUCCAAUAACUCAACUAUUGCGUGCUAUACUGCGUGCAAAUUGAUUUUACUUUAUCAUAACUUCAAAGUUAAAUGUAUCAAAACUCCGAGCUUAGAGCCUUUGACUUGCAUAUCAUUGACGGGUGGCGGUGUUAAAAAGGAAGGGAAGGCAGAUUCAGUUUUAAGAAUGUUAGUUCUGACAAUUUCUAAUUGUCUCUAUAUUUGGUAUGACGACGCUAUGCAGUAUGUUAGGUGUGUUUAUCUUCAAACUCGUCAGUUGAAUGUCGACAAAAUAAUUCUAAAUGGGGACCAACUACUGAUCCUAUCCUGCGGUGAUGUUUACACGGGGAAAGCAACACGACAAACUAUUCAAAAUCCAAUUGACAUAAGCGAGUACAAAGACACCUACAAUAAAAAGGAAAUCUGCAUAAACUCACGGAUCCGAAUCGAUCUCAAACGGAUGCCCAACAUUGAUCGGGUGGUUGACAUUUUUGCUGAUGAUGAUUUCGCGUCGUUUGCCGUGCUCCAGGAGAGUUCACGGAAAUACUAUACGAUCUCGGAUCUACCGUUGGAGGAUAACAUGUUCAAAACCCUUCUCCACGAAGUCAGUGAAUUUGAUGCUGUGCAUGAUAUCGUUUUUCAUGUUGAUAGUGAAAUCUUCCCUGCUCAUCGAUUUAUAGUGUUCUCUCGGUCAAAGGGUCUGAUGAAAGCCGUGGGAGAGUACGAAGACAAAAAUGUGUACUUAAAUUAUGAAGGGCUGACGGGGAAGAUGUUUGAAAUCAUGCUCAAACAUAUAUAUACAAACUACGCCCCGGAGAAUAAGGAUCUGGACGAUGUUCAUGAGUCGUUGGGUCCGAACUUCCUUGGAGAUCUACGGGACGCGACAGACUUGUUUCUUAAUUUUGCUGUAAAGUUUGAACUUAACGAUUUAUCAAAUGGGGUCAAAAGUCUAAUGAAUGGGUCAGCGCAGCCGAAAUCCAAAUUUCCCAAAUUGCGGCGAACGGCGCUUACACACUUGCACGACGUAAAAAUAGUCUGCGCGGACGAGAAGGAAUUGUAUGCCCACAAGUGCAUUCUUGUCGCUCGACUUGAGUAUUUUAGCUUGAUGUUUAGCAACAGUUGGUCUGAGACAAAAACGGUCAACCUUUGUACUGUGCCACUAGAAUACAUGCUACCUUUAGUCGAAUUUCUCUAUGCGCACGAUGCUGAGGCAUUUAAAAAACAAAAACCUUCAGAAAAUUUCCUCUACAAUAUGAUUGUGAUAUGUGACCAAUUUUUCGUAAAUCGCUUACGAAGAGUUUGUGAGAAGUUGGUUCUUGAGCGAGUAUCGACACGGAAGUGUGGUGAAAUGUUGGAAUUCGCGUGCGCUUAUAACUGCGAGGAACUCGAAAAGGGAUGUUUGCAAUUUAUUUGUCAAAAUUUAGCCAGAGUCCUUGAACAGAAAAGUUUGGAAGGAUGCGAUGCCAACGUACUGGCGAAGGUCAACUCUUACUAUCGCGAAGUUUACAAGUACAAGUUAGACUAUCGGAUAAUUACUCCGAAUUCGGAAGCUGUUCCGGACGAUGAUCUUGAGAAGUUUAUUACCGAUUUCACUGUAGAUCUAGAGUAUAAACUAGAGGAAGCCGAUGUGAAAUCGAAAGCGAAGAAUAAGGCAAAAGUGAAUAAAUCAGCGAUUAGCAAGCGAAGUUAUGAAAUUGAGGCCAUACAAUCUAUGAAGGAAUUGAGUGUAGAUGAGAAACCCUUAGGUAAACGCAAAGAUACAAAUCGAAUCAGCGAGAGUGAAAAUGAAGUUGAAAAACAGCUUCAUGCCGAAGCAAAAACGUGGAUGAAGGUGUCAACUUCUGAUAAUAGGAAAAAAUCCUUAUUGGCUGCUAUAAAAACCAACGAAAUACUCAAGGAGGAAGCGAAAACUAAAGAGGCUAAAGCAACUAAUUUCACCCCCAUAACAAAAACUGUAGUUAAACCGCAGCCGAAGCCUGAAGAGAUCACAAUUAUAAAUCGCGCUAACCUAAACUUUGGUGAUUUCACCCCCCUUAAAGGAGAGAAGUUAUCUCAAAAACAACGCAAGCGAUUGAGUUCUGAGUCAAAAACUGAAAGCCUGCCAAGCACUACCACAAAGCCCAUUCCUAUCCCCCAACAACCAAAUGCUUGGGGCAUCGUACAAAGUCCUGUAUCCAAUGAGCAAUCUUCAUUUGCCGAUAUAAUGAGAUCUCCAUCAACCACCCCUAAAUUUGAGCCGUCCUCAUCCUCGUCUCCGGAUAAAUUACAAACAUCUCAUUCAAGAUCAUCCAUAUUAACGUCUACGCCAAACGCCAGUCGAAACCUAUCCUUUGCCUCGAUUGCCGAAUCUUCGCCAACAACAAGUCGCAGAUCAGAUAACUCGUUUUCGAAAAUUCUCGAGGGGGAGCGUAAGCAGAAAGAAUAUUACGAUCGUAUGAAAUCAAAAUCACUCGUUCUGACACAAAUUGAAGAGACUGCCAUUGCCGAGCUUGAAGCUUUUUAUAAUGUGGAUAACGUUUUUGAUGAGGAUAUUCGGGUUGCUCGGAAACGCCAUGAACAUACUAUGAAUUUUGCUGUGUGGCAGCACAACUAAUAACGGUAAUCAUAUUGUUUUACUUUAUGCUGCCAGUAAAGAAUUGACUGCAUCAGUUUCAAUGCAACAAGGAUAUUGUUUUUGGUUUCAAAUCGAUACACACUUGUGAACUUAGGUCAUUGUUCACAAUAAACGCGAUCAGUUUCCAAUUUCUUUGUUAGACAUUUUGUCAUUAAAUUGAUCAAAGUACACUUUUGUGUAAUUGUAAAGGCAAAUCAUGCUCUGUUUUUGAAACAAUUUAAAGGAUACUAGAUCUGCAAGAAUAUUACAUGAAUAAUUGUAUAUAAUAUGACGCAUUUGCCCCGAACUUGUUACCAAAAUUGUAGAUAGGAAGUUGUUUCGGUAUUUUUUUACCUUUACAGACCACGUUCGAGUGGGAUGCUCGUUCAACUAGAUUUAAGUUAAUAGGCUUUAGAUUGAAGUUUGUGAUUUGUGUACAAUAUGGCAUUUGUAAUAACAUUAAAUUCGCUUAUUUUGAAUUUGCAAUAAAAUAAGAUGACGGAGGGAGAAAAAA